AAAGGCAGCCCUGAAAACAAUAUGGCGGCGUCGACAGGUUGAAAGAUGUGACUAAUUCCAGCUUCCAGCUUUCCCGUCACUCUUCUCACGUUUUCCAGUUCCUUUUUGCAUUUUGGAACUCAUUCCCACUCCACGUCGCUGCAACCCUAUCGUUUCAACGUCCCACCGCAUUAUCCCAUGCUGGAAGAUGCAGAAUUCGUGUUGAUUUUGGAUGUUCGGGCGCUGCAACUGCUAUGUUGACAUUUCCGUCGGAUACAUGUUGCACAUGAUUUAAAGAUGUCAGAGUGAUGUUCGAGUCCAACAGUCCGGAAGAAUUCCAAGUGGUAUUAGCCUGGGUAAUAUCCUUCUCAGUUUUCAUUAUGUUGGUCGCCUUCUUUGGGUGUGUGUGCGGCUGCAAGAAGAAAAAUUCUGAGAAAGACGAAUGGAUUGGUAAAGAAGGGAAAUUGAAGCCUCUCAAUAAUUUAGACGAUGACAUUUUACCUGCAACUGAUGAAUCCCAAAAAGCAGCAAACAGAGCUUCGACUGCCAAUAGGAGUUUGCCAGAUAUUCCAGUGAAUGAAGUUCGAGAUGCAAACCCUACUUGGGAUGCAAACCAGCUCACCAUAACCUCCGACAACUGCUCUGGGCUUUAUGCGACUGUUGGCGAAAACUCUAGCUUGGAAACGGAGACUAAGGCAAAGAAGAGGCAGGCGCCAAGUGUGCCAAAUCCAGGAAAUAGUGCUGGCGAUUCUGCCUCUGGCAACUUGAAAUCUUCGAUGCAUCAGUAUGCCAAGCUAAGCCAUCCUUAUGCUCGAGUCAAACCUCCACCUCCUAAAAACGAUGCUCAAGCGUUGUCUAGCAUUGCAACGCAACCAUCAAUUGAAUUUGACAGCUCUGAAACCACACCUGGCACUUUAGAGGGUUCCGAAACCACCCUCUCAUCCAGCACUGAUCAGCCAAUCCCUCCUCCUAGGACGAGACGUUCGUCCUCUCAAAGCAAUCUUUUUUACCCGUCGAACACUCCUCCAUUAGCUUCUGGGGCAAGAAGUGCUAAUACUUUGCCAUCAUAUCCAUCCAAUUCGUCAUCAAUUCUAAUGCCGGACUCAAUUCCUGCUGGUCCUGCCAUCAUGGGAAAGAUUUCUGCGAGCCAGGAACUUCCGUAUAUCACACUUCCUCUUGAUAAUAUUUUACGUCACAACUCUGUACCUGCCGAUCUUCAAAACCAUGCUGUUGAGGAAGAAAACGCAAAUGGGGUCGAUGAAGCCAACAAUGCAGCACAAGAGGAGGCAGACCAGAGAAACCAAGGUGCCGGGCAUUUCAGUGGAGACUCUCAGGAUUCCAGCAAGGGCUACACCAGUAUCAGUGUGAGAGAACCGCUUGCAAGCAUCCGAGCCCAGACAGCUGGUCAGCUAAGCCGCCGGACAGAUCCUCAUUACGCAACUGUUUCUGAUGAUUCAGACGAAAUGUAUGCGGCCAUUGAGGAUAGGACUGGCAGUGAUACUUAUGCCCAAAUUGUGCCAUUGCCACAGCAGCAACCACCUCCACCAAGCGUGGAUAGUUUGAGAAGCACUGUGGCAGAAAAUCAUUCUCGACAAGCAUCCUCGUCAAGUGCUUCAAGUGCAGCUGUUGUAGUUGGGUCCCCUAAGCCUGAAAAGAGGCAGGCAAACUCUCCCUUGCCGCCGCCACCUGCAGUUCCUCCACCUAAUAUUUCCCCUCCUCCAACUCCUACAACUCUCCCCCAGAGCAAACUAGAUGAAAUGUAUGCAAAAGUCAACAAGAAAAAGAACUCAAAAGAAGGCCCCCAGGUGGUGGCCAAGGAGGGAACAUCUCGGGACUCGACAGUCCAGAUCAACUUUGACUUGAACUCUGGCUAUGAAAGUCUACCUAGCAACAGGCCUCCUUCAAUGGAGCCUAAUUACGAGUCUAUGAGUUCAAACAUUCUUGACACAGACUCUGCUUCUGGUUAUGCUGUUGUUGCACCUAAAAAAACAGACUAUGCUUCGUACGGUUCGACGAGACAGAGGAAUUCUUUGCACCAACCAAUUGAUCCCAACUAUGAGGAGCUUGGGCUCAAUAGAGAUCCCUCCUCUGUCCAAGAACCUAAUUAUGAGAUGCUGAAUGGCGAGCCAAAUUAUGAGCCUUUAAAAUCUGUCUCCUCAACUCAGGACGACCCCAAUUAUGAGAGUGUGUUGAGCCUGCAAGAACCUCCGUACGAACAAUUGAACCAAACUUCCGACAGUGCCGGUGAUAUUCUAUAUGCAACAGUCAACAAAACUAGCAAGGCUACAUAGAUUGCAAAAUGAGACUGUUUAAACUUGAAGAUUUCUUGACACCAACUUUUUGGCAGCCAAAUAUUUAAAUAUCUUGUGAUACAACUCAAUACUUGUGAUUUUGUGUUAAAAAGCUGUGAGCUACUAUCCAACAAUUUCCUAUUUGAAGCAAUGUGCCACUUGAUCACAUUCGUAGACUUCUUUUUGACGAGCGUUUCUUUAGGCAUUUCAUUUUUUUCCACUUUUGCAUUUUUCUUAUUACAACAAUAAUAUUUGAUUCCAAACAAAUUUUGGGCGGUAAAUGUGAAAUCCCAUUAGAAGCAGGAUGAGAAUGACUGGAAAUAUUUAAUUUUUAUUUGGCGCUCAGUUACUCAAGCAUUAAUAAAUGGCCUUGUGUCGGUUACAAACAAAUGGAAUACAUAUAUUUUGAAAUUCAAAAUAUCUGCUCAACUAACUUAUUGCAUACAAAAUGAAUUAAAGAAUAUUGGAAGUGUAUUUUUUGUAUUUCACAUAUU